AUGCCUGCCCGGCCCUCCCUCCCUCCCUCGCCGGCCAAGCCCGUUCGGAGCCCGCGGCUGCGGGAGCGCCCGGCGCGGCCGUGGGACCCGGGCGGCGGGGACAGCGCCCGCACCUCCCGCAGGCGUCCGCUCUGUCCGCGCCACCCUGGGCCGGGGGGGGGGGGGGGACGCCUCGCCUCUCCCCCCGCCUCCACGGCCCCAGCCGGGCACUCCGGAAAGUUGCUAGGGCCCAGGAGGCGGGAGGGGAGGAAGGGAGGAGAGAGAGGCGGAGGCGUGGACCAGGCGGGCAGCAGCCGAGUCCGCCGGGGAGGUGAGCUGAGGACAGAGGAGCCGCCGCCGCCCGCAGCGAGGCUCGGCUGCCGGGGAGGAGAGUGCGGGGGCGGAGGUGGCGGAGGACAGAAGGUGUCAGCUCCUGCAGCUCUUCCCUUUUCUCGAAGACGCGCGCUCCUGACAUCCACAACCCCUCCCUCUCCACCUGCCCAGCGUCGCGGCGACCAGACCCGGGGGCAUCCCCCCUACUGA